AUGCUGAUUGCAUUGGUUCUAGGCUUAUACUCAUUGGAAGUGUUGAAUCUCAGUUACUGCAAUUUAAUCGAUGGAGGACUUCCGAAAGACAUUGGAUGCUUAUCCACUUUGAAAGAGCUGUAUCUCAAGGGAAAUAAUUUUGAGCAUUUGCCUCGAAGCAUAGCCCAACUUGAUUCUCUUCGAUCCUUGGACUUAUCAGAUUGCACAAGGCUUACACAGCUACCAGAAUUUCCACAGCAAUUAGAUAAAAUAUUCGCAGAUUGGAGAAAUGAUUCAAUCUGUAAUUCAUUGUUUCAGAAUAUCUCAUCAUUGCAGCAUGACAUCUCUACUUCAGAUUCCUUCUCACCUAGAGUGUUUACCAUUGAGCAUGGUGAGAACAAGAUUCCUAGUUGGUUCCACCAUCGGGGAGCAGGUACAAGUGUAUCAGUCAAUUUGCCUGAAAAUUGUUAUGUAUGUGAUAACGUCUUGAGAUUUGCUAUAUGUUACUCUGGUAACAUAAUUGACACCACAACUCACUUGAUUCCCCUAUGUCAUGAAGGGAUGUCGAGGAUGACCCAGAAACUCUCCUUAUCCAACCAUUUAGAAGAAUUUCCAGAAUCUACUAUGCAUUUUUUCUUGGUACCUUUUACUGGCUUGUGGGAUACAUCUAAGGCAAAUGGUAAAACAUGA